AUGCACCGACCCGACGAGGACAAAACGGCGUUCAUAACACCAGGAGGGAUCUAUUGUUACAAGGUGAUGCCGUUCGGUCUAAAAAACGCUGGCGCCACGUAUCAAAGACUGAUGAACAAGAUAUUCAAUGAGCUCAUAGGCAAGACAGUAGAAGUCUACGUGGACGACAUCCUCGCAAAAACUGCACGACCCGACGACCUCUUAAGAGACCUAGGGGAUGUGUUCGCCUCCCUCCGACAGCACGGCAUGAGGCUCAACCCGCUCAAGUGCGCCUUUGCCAUGGAGGCUGGAAAGUUCUUGGGGUUCAUGAUCACCCAAAGAGGGGUAGAGGCCAACCCUGAGAAGUGCCAAGCGAUUCUCCAGAUGAAGAGUCCGGGUUGCAUCAAAGACGUCCAGCGGCUGGCGGGAAGGCUGACAGCGUUAUCCCGUUUCCUCGGCGCAUCGGCAGCGAAAGCCCUGCCCUUCUUCAAUUUAAUGAAAAAGGGAAUAGCAUUUGAAUGGACCCCAGCCUGCGAGGAAGCAUUCAACCACUUCAAGGAAAUCCUAGCAACACCUCCGGUGCUCGGGAAGCCCAAAGCCGGAGAGCCACUCUACCUCUACCUAGCGGUAACAGAGGAAGCACUUGCAGCAGUGCUCGUAAGAGAAGAAGGGAAAGCCCAGCAACCGAUUUACUUCGUAAGCAGGGCCCUACAAGGAGUAGAGCUGAGGUACAGCAAACUGGAAAAACUGGCGCUCACACUCCUAACCUCCUCUCGAAGGUUGAGGCAAUACUUCCAGGGUCACCGCGUGGUCGUCAGAACGGAUCAAGCGAUCCAUCAAGUACUCCAAAAACCUGAUUUGGCUGGAAGGAUGAUGACCUGGGCCAUUGAGCUGUCCCAAUACGACUUGCACAAUGAGCCCCGUCACGCAAUCAAGGCACAGGCAAUGGCAGAUUUUUUAGUAGAGGUAACGGGCGAUCCUCCCGAAGAAACGGGCACACGGUGGAGGCUCCACGUAGACGGGGCCUCCAACCAAACGUCUGGGGGAGCCGGGGUCAUCUUAGAAAGCCCGGCAGGAGUCAUCUACGAACAAUCAACCAAGUUCGAGUUCCCUGUGUCGAACAAUCAAGCGGAAUAUGAAGCCCUCUUAAGCGGGCUAAUACUAGCUCGGGAAGUCGGGGUGACGAAGGUCGAAGUAUGCAGCGACUCACAGGUCGUCACCUCGCAGGUAAGCGGAAGCUACCAAGCCCGGGACCCCCUCCUGCAAAAAUACUUGGAAAAAGUUAAAGAAAUGACAAGUCAGUUCCAAGAGGUCACGAUCCAACACGUCCCAAGAGAAAUGAACACACGGGCGGACCUCCUAUCCAAACUAGCGAGCACGAAGCCAGGAGCGAGCAACCGGUCUCUCAUCCAAGGCAUGAUGAAGGAGCCAACGGUCACCCUCCAUUUGACGAAGUCAAGCCCCUCAUGGUUGGACCCCAUCACAAACUUCCUGGAACUCGGCAAGCUGCCUGACGAUAAGAAAGCGGCCAAAACAUUGAGAAGAGAGGCGGCCAGAUAUGCGAUCAUACAAGGGCAACUGUUUAGGAAGGGGCUCAGCCAGCCCCUAUUGAAGUGCUUGCACCCCAACCAGACGGACUAUGUACUUAGAGAAGUCCACGAGGGUUGUUGCGGCCACCACAUCGGGGGAAAAACCCUAGCGAGGAAGCUCAUCCGAGCUGGAUACUACUGGCCAUCAAUGAUGAAAGACUCGAGGGAAUUUGUGAUAACCCGUUUCGGUAUCCCGGAGGUCGUCAUUUCGGAUAAUGGGACGCAAUUCACUGACAAGAAGUUCACGGAGUUCCUCACCGGCCUAGGAGUGAAACAGAAUUUUUCCUCAGUGGAACACCCCCAGACAAAUGGACAAGUGGAGUCCGCAAACAAAGUCAUCUUACUUGGCCUCAAGAAACGCCUAGACAACAAGAAAGGCGCAUGGGCCGACGAGCUCGCUUCGGUCUUGUGGUCCUACCGAACAACCGAGCAAAGCGCUACAGGGGAAACCCCUUUUCGGCUAACGUACGGGGCCGACACGGUCAUACCCGUUGAAAUCGGAGAACCGAGCCCGCGGCUACUACUCGCAGGUAUGGACGAAGCGGUGGAAAAGGACCUGGUGGAGGAGACGAGGGAGAUGGCCCACUUGUUAGAAACGGCGUUGAAACAAAGAAUAGCCCUGCGCUACAACGCUAAAGUCCUCAGGAGGGAUUUUGAGGAAAGAGACCUCGUCCUGCGACGCAACGACGUCGGUCUACCGACCCCUGGAGAAGGGAAGCUGGCGGCAAAUUAG